CUUCUUUUUUCUUGCUUACAAUCAUGGUCAUGCGCAUUGCUGCUGCUGCUGCUACUGCGCUGCUGGUCACCAUUGCGCUGUCCAGCCAGCUCGCCUUUGCUGCCCCGCUCGUCCGCGACCGCAGCACUCCCUGCCGCGCCCUCGCUCUUGCUGGCGGCGGCGACCGUGGCGCGUACCAGGCGGGCGUCUUCCAGGCGUUUGUCGAGAAUGCUCCCGACCAGGUGACUUACGACGUUGUCACUGGAAUCAGUGCCGGCUCCAUCAACACGGCUGCUCUGUGCAUGUACAAGCAAGGCGAUGAGAAGGCUGCUCUCGAUUUCGUCUUGGGCGAAUGGCUUUCCAUCGUCGCCUCGGACAUUUACAAGAACUGGCCGCUUGGCAUUGCGGAAGGCUUUGCCGUCAAGUCUGGGCUUUUCAGCACGGCUCCGCUCGAUGCCUACCUGCACUCCAAGGUCAACGUCACUGAAACGCUUGCCAGCGGCCGCAAGUGCGUGGUCGGCGCUACUUCUCUGACCCGUGACGCCUACACCCAAUUCGACUCGACCAACGCCAACUGGCUGACUGCUCUCCGUGCCUCCAGCGCUGUCCCCGGCGUGUUUGAGGCCGUGACCAUUGGCGACGAGACGUUUGUUGACGGCGGUGCCGAGUACAUGACCCCUGUUUCUGACGCCCUCGCCAAGUGCGCCGAGGUCUCGGACAACCUCUCCAUCGAUGUCAUUCUGUGCAUUGGCCUGCAGCUGCCCGACGCCAACCACACUUGGAUUACGCCCGAGGUCUUUUUGCGCACCGCCACCCUCGAGGCCCAGAACAUUUUGAUGAAGAAUGCUCAAAGCGCCUCGGUCGCCUUCCCCAACGCCAAGAUCCGCCUGGUCUUCCCGAGCAAGGUUCUUCCUGGCUACUUCCUGACCUUCAAGCCCGAGUAUGCUGAGGAGAUGAUCAAGGUCGGCUACACCGACGGCAUCAAUGCCCUCAAGGCUGAUGGCACCCUGCCCGAGGGCUUUGAGGCUGUCGAGCUUGACCUGUCUCGCUUCCGCAAGUGAGCAAGUGCUGCAUAGUUGACCGACUGUCGAUAGCGGGAAGGUGGCUCCCUUCCUCUUCCGUUUUCUCAUUGUUAUAUUGCUCGUGUGAAUUUGUAAUGCAUGGUUUCAAUGCGAAAACUUGUGCAUGCA